AUGUCUUCGUCUACCGCCGACUCGGGCUCGGGCUCUCCGAUGCCAUCUCCCUUCAACUACAUCCUCUCAUUCCUCCUCGUCGGCAUCUGCUGGGGCUUCACGACGCCGUUCAUCCGCAAAGCCGCCGUCAACUACACGGCACCAUCCCACCCUUCCAUCACCGACCCGAACCGAUCCUGGAUCUCGCGGCAGGUGGCCAAAGCCUUCUUCACCGUCUUGGGCCUCUUGAGAACCCCGACCUAUGCCGUUCCGUUGCUUCUGAAUUUGACGGGAAGUGUCUGGUUCUUUCUGUUAGUUGGCCAAGCCGAAUUGUCUCUAACAGUGCCCAUCACCAAUUCUCUGGCGUUCCUAUUCACCGUGUUGGGAGAAUGGUAUGCAGAGGGCAAACUCAUUUCGAGAGACACCUGGCUGGGGAUGGUCUUGACCAAAAUGUGGACAUAG